AUGACUAAUUCUAGGAUUGCUUUGUGUGACGUUCACCACACCGAGAAGCUGUGUCUGAAGGUUAGCACAGAGCGCACCGACGCUGGGCGUCCUCGGCUCCUGCCGUCGGUUCUUCCCCUCAGCCGAGGAGCAGCACGGCCCGUCCCUGGCUCGUAUCCUGCUCACCCCGCGGAGGAUGUUCCGGCUCCUCUCGCUUGGGCCCGGUGCCGUCGGGGCCGCGGGUCCCGCCCGACCCGGCCGCCAGCGCCCUCAGCGCGGGCGGCGGCGCCACCUAGCGGCGGGCUGCAGGGGGUGCCGCCCGCGGGACCGAUACGGCCUCAGGGGAAAACCUCCCCACCACCGAUACGGCCUCAGGGGAAAACCUCCCCACCACCGAUACAGCCUCAGGGGAAAAACUCCGCACCACCGAUACAGCCUCAGGGAAAAACCUCCCCACCACCGAUACAGCCUCAGGGGAAAAACCUCCCCACCACCGAUACAGCCUCAGGGGAAAAACCUCCCCACCACCGAUACAGCCUCAGGGGAAAAACCUCCCCACCACCGAUACAGCCUCAGGGGAAAAACCUCCCCACCACCGAUACGGCCUCAGGGAAAAACCUCCGCACCACCUAUACGGCCUCAGGGGAAAAACCUCCCCACCACCGAUACGGCCUCAGGGAAAAACCUCCCCACCACCGAUACGGCCUCAGGGAAAAACCUCCCCACCACCGAUACGGCCUCAGGGAAAAACCUCCCCACCACCGAUACGGCCUCAGGGGAAAACCUCCCCACCACCGUGACUCCGAUACAGCCUCAGGGAAAACCCGCCCCCCUCGCUCCCUCCCCACUCCCCAGCCCGGCUUCACCGGCUCUCGCAACCCGGAGGUCGGUCCAGUCCCGCCCCGUUACAUCUCUGUGCCUGCAGCCCGUCCUCUGCCCGGCCCCUGCCAGAGCUGCGGGGCUGCUCCCCUGCAUCCCGCACUCUCCACACAUUCCUUCAUCCACCCCCAGGCUGUGCAAGGGUCCUCAAAGAAGCCUUCAGCAGGGACCACAGCUUCCCCGUGA